GAAGAAGCAAAGGAAGAAGCAUGGCUGCAGAUAUGAGAUUACCGACCAUUAGAAAAACCGUGUCGCUAUCAGCGUCUGCUUUUGACCGAAAAGAUCUGGUCGUACCGGGGGAUGUUAUUACUUCAGACACUGGGUUCAUGAGGGGUCAUGGCACCUACGUUGAUGACGACAAGUUGACAGCUUCAGUCGCAGGAGAGGUGCAGAGGGUGGACAAACUCAUCUGUGUCAGGCCACUUAAGACCAGGUUUAAUGGUGAGGUUGGAGAUGUUGUGGUUGGCAGAAUUACAGAGGUGCAGCAGAAAAGAUGGAAGGUGCAGACAAACUCCCGACUGGACUCUGUCCUCUUGUUGUCUUCUGUAAACCUGCCAGGAGGAGAGUUGAGGAGAAGAUCAGCAGAAGAUGAGCUGACCAUGAGAGAAUAUCUUCAGGAGGGAGAUCUCAUCAGUGCAGAGGUGCAGUCUGUCUUCUUGGAUGGAGCUCUUUCACUUCACACCCGUAGUUUAAAGUAUGGAAAAUUGGGUCAAGGAGUACUGGUCCAGCUUUCCCCUUCUCUGAUCAAGAGGCAGAAAACGCAUUUCCACAACCUGCCGUGUGGCGCAUCCAUUAUCCUGGGGAAUAAUGGCUUUGUGUGGUUGUAUCCCACACCGGGCCAACAAGAGGAGGAAGCUGGGGGUUUCUACACCAGCCUUGAGCCUGUCAGCCUGUUGGAUCGAGAGGUCAUUUCACGGUUGAGAAACUGCCUGCUGGCUUUGGCUGCGCACAAAGUCCUCCUGUAUGACACCAGUGUUCUCUACUGCUACGAAUCAUCACUUCAGCACCAGGUGAAGGACCUCUUAAAACCAGAGGUGAUGGAGGAGAUUGUAAUGUUGACACAACAGAAGCUCUUGGAACAGGAGGGUUAAAGAGCCCAAAGCCUUGUCACAAGUCAAAAUCACAUCAGGCCAGCUGUGGACCCGACCACUGAUCUGAAAGCUGAAUUAGCUUUAUUUUCUUAGAGAUAUAAUUAAAUUGUCAAAGUCCAACGUGUUUUAUUAAAGGAAACCAGUAUUAUUGUUGGGUUGUUUUUAAUAGCAAACGCAAGCGAAGUGUAACUCGUUCAAUGUGUGCAGCAUUCCAGCUAUUCUAAAGUUUUACAAAAUAAUAGUCAAUCUUUUUUUCUUUUUUUUUUUUCAUGUGAGAUAUAUACUGUA